GCGCGAGUCAUUCGUUAAUUCGUUGACUUCACAUCCGUGAGUUUUUGACAGCAAAGUAGAGUGCGUUUGUGUGUAUAUCAUUGUUUUUUUUCCGUUAAAAAGCGUAACACAAGAGAACUCGAUGUUCGUUUUUUCCUUUCUGUAUUUUGUAUUUUUUUACACGUGUUGCAUUUAAAUUUAUAAAACGUCGAUAUUCCCAUACGUAUUCAAAGUACGAAAGAAAAACAUUUUCUUUAGGCGUAAGCCACGAAAUAUUGUGCAAAUAUGAAGACUCUAAUUGAGUUUGACGAGUGCCUUCGUGAUACUCCGAAAUUUCGAUCUUGCGUUGAAGAAGUUGAAGGAAACAUAGACCAGCUGGAGCAAAAACUGGAUAAGGUAUUGAAGAACUGCAACUCAAUGAUUGAUGCUGGAAAAAACUUUGUGGGACAACAAAGCCAAUUCACAAACAGUUUGUGGGAGUUGUCUCUAUACUUCAACGAUGAUCCGGAAAUAAUGGCCUUUCUGAACAAACUGAUUCACGCCUUGCAAGAAAUGAACAAAUUUCACACAAUCUUACUAGAUCAAGCUUCUCGAACUGUCGUUAAAGAUCUGAGUUCAUUCAUCAAAAGUGACAUCAAACGAGUCAAGGAGUCGCGACACUAUUUCGAGAAAAUAUCAGCCGACUUGGACGUGGCGUUGAACAGAAAUUCUCAAGUGCCAAAAUCGAGGCCAGCUGAAUAUGAGGAAACGUCAAAUAUAUUGUCAGCAACGAGAUCGUGUUUUCGUCAUACUGCAUUGGAUUAUAUUCAUGCCCUUACGAUGUUACAAGCUCGUAGACGUCACGAGAUACUCGGCACAUUGUUGAGUUAUAUGCACGCCUGUUUCACGUAUUAUCAUCAGGGAAGUGAUCUAGCACAGGACCUCGAUCCAUUUUUGAAAGACCUCAGCGAUGAUUUGAUUAAAAUGCGCGGUGAUUCGUCGAAGCUUGAAAAAGAAAUGGAAAAUCGGCAUAUUCAUGUUACCAGCAGAGAUUUGAUAAUUCCAGUCUCGAGCAAUACGAGAAUGGAAGGUUACUUGUUCAAGCGAACGAGCAACGCUUUCAAAACCUGGAACAGGCGAUGGUUCUGUCUGAAGGAUCAUCAAUUAGUCUACAGAAAACGUACUGGCGAAGAGGAUUACACAAUCAUGGAAGAAGAUUUACGUUUGUGUACGGUCAAACCCGUCGUCGAUUGUGACAGACGUAAUUGCUUCGAAGUUUUGAGCCCCACGAAGAGUCAUAUGCUACAAGCCGACAGCGAAGAAAUGUAUCUUGCUUGGGUAACAGCAAUGCAACAAGCCAUAGGAGCGGCGAUUCAGAGAGGUAUGAGCACGAGUUCAAAUGCCCAAGUACUUCAGCUGCAAAAUCGUGACAGUAAAGGGCCUCUGAGGCCACCACCAAAACCGAAAUCUAGAGUUUGGGAACAAUUACUAAAAAUACCAGGAAACGAUUCCUGCUGCGAUUGUGGCAGUCCGAACCCUCGAUGGGCGAGCAUCAAUUUGGGCAUCACGCUGUGUAUCGAAUGUUCGGGUGUGCAUAGAAGUCUUGGAGUUCACUACAGCAAGGUUCGGUCUCUGACACUCGACGAUUGGGAGCCGGAGAUAUUAAAAGUUAUGGCAGAAUUAGGAAACACUGUGGUCAAUAAUGUUUACGAAGCUGUGGCAAUACCACCGGAAAUGACGAAAGCGACGCCGAAAUGCAAGGGAAAUAUUCGAGAGGCUUGGAUCAAAGCGAAAUACGUCGAUCGUAAAUUCGUGAAACCCUUGACGAAUAUGGCGACGAGUCAGCAUUCGAGUCGAGAGAUGCAAAGAUUUCGAAAAUGGAGCGUGCGAAAAUUACGUCGAAGGCCUCGAAGUCACGAUAAAUUUGAUGGAUCGAAUCGUAACAAGUCGUCAACAUUGACAUCGGUUAAGGAAAAUCAGCUUUCAAUGAGUUCGGACGACAGUAAGGAGUUGUCGUUCGAUAUUCCUGGCAAGGGUGAUAGAGGCAAGAAGUUUGACAGAAGUUCGAUGAGCUCGGAAGACAGCGCGAUAUUAGAUCUGAAAAAUGAGUCGACUUUGUACGACAAGAUAAUGCCGAAUUUGGAAAAUUCGACGAACGACAAUAGAAAGAAUCAAACUAAACGAAUGAAUUCAGAGACUGAAGCAUCGAGUGGAAAUAUGACGAGCAACGACUCCUUGGAAACGCCUAAUAAGAGUUCUAUCACUGAGAGCGAUUCCUCGACAGCUCAAAAUUUGACGAAAGAUACAACUACGAAAGGAGAAACUCGUUUGGAGGCCGAACUGUCAAAUGAAACGUGCGACUCUUCGGAAAAUAAAGAUUCCGGUACGGAAAAACAAACGGGAGAGAAGACACUCGAAUCUGAUGUUUUACUUUUUGGCUGUGACCUGCCGAAACCAAUGAUCGAAGGCAGCCUCGAACUCAGCUCCGAUCAAGACUCCACUGCUGGUGAAGACGAAGAAUUCGCUGACGAAGAAGACAUUGAAAAUUUACAUCCUGAUAUGCUCCUUUACAAAGCUGCUGCUGCUCAUAAUCUUCCAGUAAUGUGCGUUGCUCUGGCAGCGGGUGCCGAUAAAAUGUGGUCCAAUAUCAAUGACCGAGGACGUAACGCUAUGCAUCAGGCUAUAAUAAGCGGUUCUGUCAUGUCUUGCGAAUAUUUACUCCUGAACGGUGCGAGAAUAAAUUGCCAGGAUUCGGAAGGAAAAACACCACUUUAUUUGGCUACGGAAUUAGGUCACACGGCACAAGUAUGUCUAUUGUUGAAACAUCGUGCUGAUCAGCACAUAGAGGACGAAAGCGGUGUGAAGCCUUUGUCUAUCGCUGUAAAAGAAGCGAACGCAGACAUCGUUACGCUACUGCGAUUGGGCCUCCUAAACGAACAAAUGAAGGAUUCUGAGAUCGGUGUAACCGGGGACGAAACGUUCAACGACGUCGUUCGAGACUUUAGCCAAUUGGCUUGUUCUCAUCCCGAAAGAUUGCAGCGACGAAACGAAUCCAGUAGUUUGAACAACGCGACCGAAUGAUAUUAUAAAAACGGCCUAUUUUUUGGUUUUCGUAAACUGGGGGAAAAGAUGAGUAACGGUACUCUACGAUUUUAAAUAUUUGUCUUAUAAGUAUCAUUAUAAUGUUUUGAGAGAUCGUUAAUGUUGCCAAAUUGCCUCGAAAAGAGUGACGUUGUACGUCAAGCAUUUUGUACGAAAUGCGUUGUUAUAAUCUCAUUUAAAAGAAAAGAAAUUUUGUAGACAAUUGUUUUGUGACGAAACGAUUUUCCCAGUGAAUGGCGAUGCUUGCCAUUCGAUAUUUAGUACUAAAUAGUUGCGUCGAUGUUGCGAGAAACAAAUAUUCGAACAUUUAUUUCAUUUCGAUAAUAUUGCAAACGCUUAGAAUAGUUCAGCCUGUAAUGUGAGGCUGUUUUCGAAAAAUAUUUAGCUUUAUCAUGUACUUUCAAAAGUGUUGUUCGUUACCGGACUGUGAUUCAACUGUAACGAAGAUAAACUAUGUGGUUGACGAUAAGCGAAUAAACCACAGAGUAUUAUUACUUUCGUACUCGUCUGUCGCAAAGUAAUUUUCAAAUAGGACCAUAAUUAUGAUCAUUCCAAAAAACCAAAACAUUUCAAACGGUACUAAAACGAUCGAAAUUCAACGAUGAAUUAAUAUCAUGAAAACAAGACGUGGAACGUCAACUUUUUACCAUUUUAUGUAAAUGUUAGUUUAUUCGCUGCAAGUUGUAAUCGAAUCUACAAAGAUUGAUCCAUUGUUGCCAAAUUUUAUAGAUAUUCGUGCAUGCAUUAUAUUUAAACUAUAAUAAAUGGUGAAUCUUAUACAUUAUCAAAGCCGAACUUAAUCGUGUUAUAAGGAAAUUCGAUCUCGUACACAGACAAAAAAUAAGCGUACCACCGAUGCUUAUCUUCGACCACCCAAAUUUCGCGAACAUGACAUAGCCGCAUGAGUAUUUUUUCAAUUGUGUUGAGAAUAUUUUCACCCUUGUUCAUUAUUUUCAACUUUCGUUCGAUUGAAAUUUCUUCCUGACACAAAGAGUCCUCGACAUGUAUUUACCGAUUCGUUUAUUUAUUACGUAAUGUAAAUAAUCAUUUUUCUAUCACAUCCUAUGAACGAAACGCAACAAAUAAUUAUGUGACUGAUGAAAUAUGAAAUAUUUUAUUGGCCUGACGAAUUCUCAUCUCUUUGAUUUGGCUUACCGGGAGAGCUGUCAAAACGGAAGUGACAUUUUUUAAUAUUCAAUUUCGGCUGGAACAUGAGAAUCGAAAUGUUUAUGUUUCUCAAGAGAAACAAUUGGAAGAGAAUUUUCGAACAAUAAUUUUGAAUGAUUAUUUUCAAGCAAAUUCGUCGAAUGAUUUUCGGAGUUGCGAAAUCCUAAAAAAGAUUUCUGCUCCGAAAUUUUAUCAACGGAUAUCCGUAUAGCUUUUUUAAAAAUUGCAACCAACUCAUCAAUAACAUCAUCGUUGUAGCUCGUUCGAACGUAGUCUAGGACGAGACUCCGAAUCGGAAAACUGAUCGUGGCACGAGUAAUUUUCUAGAAAUUCUCUAACUUAAACUGAUCUUCCGAUCUCUCAAUUUUCUACACUUUUACAUGUUUCGUCGAAAACUGAAGUGCUCUUUCCAUUCGAAAUACGAAACCUUUGAGCUAAGCUCAUCCUGUGUGUUUCUCGUGUUUGUGUUUUAAAUAAUACAACGUAUCGCAUAAGUGCGUAGUUUAUUAAAAGAAAAAAUCUCUGGUGUUUGGAGAAUUGUUUAUCGUAGUAGAUAAAUGUAAUGCUGUAAGUGUGCAUGAGUGUGGUGCGUCGGUGUAUAUAACUUGUAUCAUUGACACAAAUUUCUCAUUCGACUUAUCUUUGUAUGUUUUAUUUCACAUUUAGCGUUAUAGUUUGUACUUAUAUAUGUCUAAUACGAAUAUCGUCGAUGAAACUUUGACAGUUUAACGUUCGUCAUCAGCGACGAGUAUUCACACGUAUAAACGUCAAUUAACAUGCAUUAAUAUCGUUGGUUGAGUGUUCUUACGACGUUCCAGUGUCGAGCAUGUUUACGAUAAUCUGCGGGUAAAAAGAAUUGCAGGGAAACUCGACAGAAGCAUCGGGGUUCUUUUGAUUAUUAUUUUUUUUUCAUUUUUUCAUUAUGUUACCGAUUUUUGUAGACACGGAAAUGGGAAUUGCAGUUAUCGAGUAGGCGGAUGAAACAAAUUGUUGUUAUAUGUAUCGAACAAUCUUGUAUAAAACAUUCAUGCCAUAUAAACGUGUAUUUAGCGUGAGUUUAAGAAAUCUUUUUCAACAAA